AUGGCCGGGCUUCGGUACACAAAGGAUGGUGUGCCGAUUUACGAUGGGUCGCCUGAGCAGUUUGUGGCGUUCCAGAGAGCCGCGCUGAUCUACGCCGAGACGGUGGAGUGGAAGAAACGAAAUCUGGUAGGUCCCAGGCUGCAAGCUGCCUUGGAGGGCAGCGCCAAGAUGGUGGUGGAGCAUAAGGCACCUGGCUGGAUUUCUCAUCCGGAUGGCGCUUCGCAGCUGUUAGCAUGUUUGAAACAGCAGGCGCGGGCUCCGACACUGGCGGAGGCUGGGAGGACAAUGUCCAGAUUCUUCUACGGGAUCAAGCGAAGGCGUGGCGAAGGAAUGUCCGGCUGGAUUGUGCGGCAUGAUGAGGCUUUGCUGGAGGCAAAGAGGACCUUGGCUGAGGCCAUCCAAGAGUAUGGACCUGAAGCCAAGCAAGAUUAUGUUUCCAGGACUACCUCAUGGCGCACACCUGGCAAGAGUCGCUCACCAGGCUCUUCCGAACGGGGAGCCCCCGAUGAGGAGCACUUCGAGGAGAACCUCGAGGAGACCAAUGAGGAAGAAGAGGAGGGGCCAGAAGGCUCACGAGCAUCGGAGACCUGGGAUGAUCAGUGGUGGUCCUAUGGAUGGAACUCAUGGGACUGGGAUCGGCGGUCUCAGUCAGAAGGCCAGUGGGGACGCUCCUCGCACCAAGGAGCCUGGAUGCUACAGAGAAAAGCGUUAUCAGCAAAUCUGCGGAACAACUUCACCAUCACCAAGGUGAAGGAUGCAUUGAAGUUGACCUGGCCAGAUGAGGAGUUGAGGAAACGAGAUUCCGGCAAAAACGCAGCUAUGUUUGCAACCGACGAGGGGGCCUUCAUGACAGAGGACUACGAGCACGAGGAGGCUGAGGUUCCAGACUGGGACAAUCCCGAGGAGGGUUUCGCUUACCAAGCCUUGGAGGAUGAUGCCCAGGAGGCCUUAGCAGCCCUGGAGGAUGCUCGACGGACCUUGAAGGAUGCUCGAGAAAAGCAAGCACAAAUGCGCAGAAACCGCAACUUCUUCCCGAACAAGAACAACAGUGAGCAGACAACACAAGGACGACGACCUCCCAUCAAGUGCUUCAGGUGCGGCGGCAACCACAUGCGCAGGGAUUGCCCCCAAGCCACAGGUGGAGGCCAGUCUGAGCAACGAGUGCACUUUGUGUUUUCUGCAACUGAUGUGACGACAGCUGCGGAGCCAGAUGGCAACAGUGCCACUCAGGAGCCAGAGGAGAAUCUCAUGGCCUUGCACGAGAUUCUCGACUCUGGCCACGCUAUCAUUGAUGGUGGCGCUACCAGUAGCCUGGGAUCAGAAGAGGCUGUUCAGAAGGUUGCCGAGCUGAACUGGCAGGCCACCGGCGAGGACCCGAUCGAGAUUCUUCCUGAUGAGCAGCCG